AGUCACUUGUCUGUGGGGACAGAAUGGAGCACACCUUGCUCUGUUUGCUGCUAUUGCUGAGUACACACAUCUACUCUGGACACUCUGAAGACGAUGAUGGACAGGCAAAGGCUGUUCUGACCAUAUACCCCACAUCCUCCCAGAUAUUCAGUGGAGAGUCUGUCACUCUCAGAUGUAACGUACCGAGGGGAAAAGUCACUGACUGGGAAUACACAUGGCACAAGGAUGAUGGACACUCAAUCAGUAGGAAGCAUGAAUAUGAGAUCAGUGAGGUUAAGAUUUCAGACAAUGGUGACUACUGGUGUCUGGGUACACAUAUUGAUAAUGGGACGUAUUCUAUGUGGAGUGAUGCAGUCAGACUGACAGUGACAGCUCUGCCUACAGCCUCAGUGAAGAUAGUCACUACCCAGGAGACACUGUAUUCCGGAGACACAGUCGAGCUGCGGUGUGCCAUAUCAAUCUACACAGACUGGACGUACCGCUGGUUAAUAAAUAAAGAAUGGCUUUCCAGUCAAACCAGUAAAACCACCACUAUCUCUCUCUCUGACCAGGCUGGUCAGUACCAGUGUCAGGGGACAAGGACAAAACGGCCCCAAAAUUCAUAUCUCAGCUCAUCUCUCCACAUUAGCGUCACUGCUCUGCCCACGGCCUCAGUGAAAGCCUCUCCACGGGGUCCCCUCUAUUCUGGAGAGACAGUCACUCUGCAGUGUGACAUAUCAGACUACAGAGACUGGACGUACCUCUGGCAGAGAGACAACCAACUGCUUCCCAAUCUGACCAGUAAAACCACCACCAUCUCUCUCCCUGACCAGGCUGGUCAGUACCAGUGUGAGGGGACAAGGACAAGACGGCCCGAGAGGACAUAUCUCAGCUCAUCUCUCACCAUCAUCGUUGCUGCCCUGCCCAAAGCUACACUGACCAUAACACCAAACCCUGCAUACACUGGAGAGACAGUAAUUCUGACGUGUUCAGUGGGGUCUGACAGUGGCUGGAUGUAUACUUGGUACAAAGACAACACUAAGAAAGUAGUGACCUUGUCUGGCAGACACACUACAACAGGAGCUACCUUCACCAUCAGUAGAGCUACUGAGUCUGACCAGGGUCUCUACUGGUGUCAGGGAGAGAUCCAGUCCAGAUCCAUAUCAUCAAUCAUCAGUGAUCCUGUCACUAUAACUGUGAAAGAGAGACCUGUGGCUGUUCUYACCCUCCAACCCAACUGGCCCCAGAUAUUCAGUGGGGAGACWGUCACUCUCAGUUGUGACAUUCAAGGGGGAGAAGAGAUUGAGUAUGUUUUUUAUAACAGUGGGAAGUCGGUCUACACCAAAACAGAGCCUGAGUACAGAAUCAGUCCUGCAAAGAAUGGUCUAUAUACCUGUGAAGGUCUUCAGAAAACAAAUGGCUUAAAACACUCCCAGACAAGUAAUGCUAUACAUUUUACCGUGUUAGAUAAACCCCAAGCUGUCCUGAGUGUCUCUCCUCAGUGGCUGUACCCUGGAUACUCAGUUACUCUGAGCUGUGGGGUUAAAGAGUCAUCUACAGGCUGGAGGUUCUUCUGGUACCGAACUGUUCCCUACACAGCUGGGUUACUGUCCCUAUCGGACAGAUCCUACUCUGUAGAGCCUCUAUCUGGAGAUGGGAAUACUGAACACUCCUACACUCUGAUCCCUGCUGGUCCAAGUCACACAGGAGGAUAUGUGUGUAGAGCUGGGAGAGGAGACCCAGUCUAUGACACAUCCUACAGUGAACCUCAGUUUUUCUGGUCAGGAGAUCCGCAACCUUCAGUGUCUCUCAAAAUAAGACCUAACAUAACUCAACCACUUUACAUCAAAGUCUCUCUCACUAAGCUGUGA